AAAAAAAAAAAAAUUAGCCCAUAAACGUUUUUCUCUUUCCUCAAAGAAAAAAAAAAAAAAAAAACCUCUCUCCUUCGUAGUCGGCGAAUUAUCAGAGAAAUCAUCACUGUGUAUUUUUCGGUUCAAUCGGAAAUCAUUCAAUAUGGGAUUGAAAAACAUCAGGUCGGAUGCUACGAAGAAAGCAGAUCGCAAAUUUGAGAAGAAACUUGAGUUUUAUUCGAAAGUCAGAGAGACUGUUGCUUCAUUAAGUGCUACGAAGGCGAUUGCAAAGAAAAGCAAGAGUGCAAGAAAACGGCAAAAGAAAUUAAAAGCUUAUGACCUAUCCCUCCUCAAUGAAGUCUUGCCUGAGGUGAAAGAAUCACAGCAACCUGCUCCUCCACCUAAAAAAUUGAACUGCAAAUCCAGACAGAAACUAGUAAUUAAAGAGACAAAACGAAUGGAGGCUAUCUUAAAUCAUCCUGCUUUCCAAUCCGAUCCAUUUGCUGCCAUACAUCGGUACCUAGUGAAUACCCAACCAGCUCCUAAAGCUGAGCCUGUAAAGAAGAAGUCCAAAGACGAUGCAAAGAAGAAAAGGAAGAAAACAAAAUCUUCUUCAAAACCACAGUCCAUGGAAAUGUGAACGGCAAUUUGGGUAUGUCAGCAACAGCUUUUCUAUCGAUCCUCUGAAGACAGGUUCAAGAGGUCAAGCUUCGCUGAUACUAGAUGUUGUGGGGCUAUCAUCAUCCGAUGGAAAAAGAAUUUAGCCUGCUUGUUGGGUUGAUUAUUUUGUCUUAUAUGAAAAUUUGAGAAAUGUCAAUAGGUCAUGUAGUUCUUUAAUGAAAGAAUCAUUGCAAACUCAACCACACCAAAAAUCUUUUAUAGCUUUAGGUGAGUAGAUAUGGCAAUGUCUUAUCAAAUAUGUAAUGCGGUUAUUGACCUUAUUGUAUGACUGAAAUUUUUUGUAGGUAGAGACAUCUCAAUUGAUUUCAUGAGUUUUCUCUUGGCUCUAUCAUGAAUGUAUACUUGUAUACGCCGUUAAAAUGAAAUAGGGGUGAAUCUUAGGAAUGUAAA